UUUCAAUUUUUUAAUGCAAAAUACUUACAAAUGGAAUUGAAUAUCUUGUGAUUCACCCUUAUAAUCAAUACUAUUAGAAUCUUUAGUCAAAACAUUUUUGACAGUUUUUCAUUUCAUUUUUUAAAGUUUUUGGAUCAAGCUUUGUUUUCCAAUUUGUAAAGGCUUCCGGAGUAAUAUCCUUUUUUAUAUCCCCUUGUUAAUCAUACCCUGCAGGGAUAAUUCUAAUGAAGGAGUCAAUCAUUUAUCCUUAAAUUAAAAGUGCCCAUAUUGGAUAUCGAGAUCAACCGUUUAAGAUUUCCGGUCUCUUUUCAUAUUGUCCCCAUUUUUCUAAAUGUAAAAAAGAUGUUGUUUACUCUCUAGAAACCUAAAAUGGCAAACUCGAAUCCGUUCCUGUAUCCGAGUUUGGAAAACCCGUUCUUGUACAAGGAAAAUCCGUUCUUGGAGAAGUGCAGUUCACCAAAUCUAGAUCAAACCUUGGGGAUCUUUAUUCCAUUCCCGGCAGAGGACAUUCCUGCCGACUUCAAAACGUCCUGGAACGUUUCUCAUCCUGAACUUGAAAAUAUUGAAGAUGAUUUUCUAGUUGAGACUACAGGAUCAACUCUACAAACAAUAUUGGGAUUCGAGGACAGAUUUCUAGAUCUUUGUGUCUCAACCUCAGAUGCUAAAUUAGACGAAUUAGACAGAACCUCAGAAGCCAUUGAAUCAAAAUCCAUCGGAGCCCUGAAGAUCUCUAAUGAUGUCGAUUUUGUUACAAAAGGAGGAACACUAUCUGAAGAAGCUAAUGCAGAUUCAUUUGAAGAUCUAUGUAAACUUGAGCCUGGAGAUAUUGUUGAAUAUGGAAACUAUCAAGCACAUGGAGAUAGUCAUGUAUCCGGAAAUGGUUUUGGAACGGAGACUAGGUCUGCUAAAGGACCUAAAGCCUUGAACAACUCAGGAGACAAAAAGAAGUCAAAGAAGAAAGAUCCUUUCCCGAGGAAGCCAGUUAAGAAAACUCCAACAGGAAUACUUAUCAAGAAUAAAAUGAGGAAACAGGGACGAGUUCAAGAUCAUCUAAUAAAGGAGUCCAACUUUAAUGAAGGAGGGCAGUCGAAAAUACUAUAUAAAUUGGAGAAGUUGUAUUCUGAGCUAGCUGAACUGCGAAGAGAGAAUAUAAAGCUAGGCUAUCAGAAUGAUGAUCUAAAGAAAGAGAUGGAAACACGAAGGUCUCUCUUAUCAGGAUCUCUGGAGUGCAAGUGCGGGAAAAUGAUUGGUUCCGGAGUACAUUAUUGGUGUACACAGUGUUAUCAACUCCUUUGCUCUGCCACUUGUAUCAGGUAUUCGGGUGUGUGCCGGCUUGAGAAAAAGUGUGGGUACUGUAACGGCGAGAUAACAGACGCGUUCUCACAGGAACACAUCACGUUUUUACUCAACCUUGGGAAACAAUAGGACGUUUUGCUUAUCCUUGGGAAACAGUUGGACUUGUUUACUCAACCUUGGGAAACAAUAGGACGUUUUACUCUACCUUGGGAGACUGAGUAGGACAUUUUUACUCAGGCUCGGAAAAGUAUAAAGUGUAGGACGGUUUUCCUCAACAUGGAAACAGUUCUAUAGCAAGUUUCAAAACCUUCUCCGGGUUCCUGAAUCCAUCUUUCCCAAUCUCCAAACUGGUUUAAUCAUAGUCAUUUUUAAAAAAAGAUUCCAUUUUUUGAUUAUUUGCUAUAUUAUUUUUAUGUCUUAUUAUUUGUUUAAAAUAUUUUUGUAAAUUUUGUUGAUUUUUUCUGUAAAGUAUACAGAGAAUUGUACUGAAACACAUUUUUAGUUUGUUCCAACGCUAAAGUGUGAAAUCUUUGUGUGUGUCUCAUUUGCUAUAAAACAGAUGUCAUUUGUAUGUAAAUUGUAAAUUGUUCUGUAAUUUGGUUGAUUUUUUUAUGUACAGUUAGAUUUUUGAUCUUGAUGCAAAGAACAAGAAUUCUAACAUUGUGAAACAUUUUUGUACUUUGUGUCUUAUUUACUCAGAUAAGUUAUAUUUGUUUGUAAAUUAUUCGUUUUUGUUGAUUUUUCUUCUGUAAGUUUUGUUUUUGUUUCAAGA